AUGGAUCCUAUGUGUUUGUUUUCUUUCCUUUUGGUACUUUCUUGGAGUUUUAACACAAUUCAUGCAAGUCUCGGUGAUGCUGAUCCGAAUUAUAGGCGUUGUAUAAGUCAAUGCCAGGAAACUGGUUGUAUUGGGCCAAAAUGCUUUCCGCAUUGUACUUUUUCAUCAGAAGGAGAAAUUGUUGGUCGUCCAUGGUACAUGCAAGAACCAUUAUAUUUACAAUGGAAAAAAUGGGAUUGUCAGAGCGACUGUCGAUACCACUGCAUGCUUGAUAGAGAGAAAGAAAAAGAAUUACUUAACAUUGGCCCUGUCAAGUAUCAUGGUAAAUGGCCAUUCAAGCGUAUUUACGGGAUGCAGGAGCCUGCCUCUGUGGCUUUCUCAGCUCUCAAUCUGGCAAUGCAUUUUCAUGGUUGGGUCUCGUUUUUCAUUCUUGUGUACUAUAAUCUGCCUCUAAAAGAUGGGAAGAAGGCGUAUUAUGAGUAUGCUGGUUUGUGGCAUUUCUACGCGCUAUUAUCAUUCAACUCUUGGUUCUGGAGUGCUGUUUUCCACAGUAGAGAUGUUGAUCUAACAGAGAAACUAGACUACUCAUCUGCAGUGGUUCUCCUUGGUUACUCCCUCAUUUUAUCGAUCUUACGAUCCUUCAAUGUUAGGGAUGAGGCUACCAGAGUUAUGGUUUCUGCUCCGUUGAUUGCUUUUGUGAUCACCCAUGUAAUGUACCUCAACUUCUACAAACUAGAUUAUGGAUGGAAUAUGAUAAUUUGUGUAACAAUGGCCGUGACACAACUCACGAUAUGGGCAGUUUGGGCAGGUUUUAGUCACCAUCCUUCGUGUUGGAAGCUAUGGCUGGUUGUUUUUUCCGGUGGCCUCGCAAUGCUCCUAGAAAUAUACGAUUUCCCUCCUUACGAAGGACUUCUCGACGCACACGCUCUUUGGCAUGCCACAACCAUUCCUCUAACUUACAUUUGGUGGAGUUUUAUCAGGGAUGAUGCCAAGUUUAGAACAACUAAAUUUCUCAACAAAGCCAAGUAG